AUGUAUGUGUUCACGUCUCCAACGUGUGGAGACGGGAGGUGUACGGGCCCUAUCUCUCCGUCCGGGUUGGGCGGUGUAGCUGGCGCUCCAGGUAUAGUGGUGAGGGGGAGUGGGCUCUUCCCGGUGACUCUGGGUGUGUGUACGUCUGUAAUGAUGUGGACGUCCCCUCUCUCUCUCUGGGACUCUAGUCCACUCAUUGUUGGGCCGUCUGCGGGGGCCGCGUUCCCAUGGGGAACCCCUUCUCUCUCUCCCAUACUCAUCCUGAUGGUUAUUGACCUCCCGCAGACUGUGGCCCCUCCGACCGUACGUGGGCCAAUCCCGUUGGGAGUGGGUCCACUGUGGACUGCUGCGGGUGUAUGGUGA